ACAUACUCGUAAAAGCAUCUGAUAGUACGUCUAUCUCUUAGAAGACGACGGUGUCUCAUUCAUCAUGGAACCAUUAAAUCAAGACACAAUCUCAGCCCUACAACUAAUAGAGAAUCACCUCUUCAACGAUGAAGUUGGUGAUCAUCAUAAUACCUCAUCAUCUCCGACCAACCUCAACUUAAGCUCAUCUUCAUUCACUACACAACUAUGUCCUCCAAACAAUAAUAUUAGGGCUUCCUCUUUCACAAUUUCAUUCAACAAUAACGAGGGUCAUUGUCGUACUACUCAUUCAGACAAUGACCCUCUCCUAGAGUACAUUCAAUCAUCACUCGAUGAAGGAAUUGAUUACGAAGAAACCUUUCACGUGUUCUGUAGCAAACCACGAAAAGUGGUAGCUACUAAAGAUAAUGCUACUAAUAGUCAUAAACUACGCGGGAACUAUAUAGGGGUGAGGAGAAGACCAUGGGGUAGAUUUGCGGCGGAAAUUAGAGACCCUAAUCGUAAAGGCUACAGAAUUUGGCUUGGUACGUAUAACACGGACAGAGAUGCUGCCCGAGCUUAUGAUCGGGCAGCAUUCGAGUUAAGAGGCUGCAAAGCCAGACUUAACUUCCCACAUGAAGUUGGGAGUUGGUCAUCUUCUUCUUCAUCGUCGUCAUCAUCCUCUACAACGAAGCAACAUGCAGGUGAAAAGAGGCAAAGAAAUGAAGAUAGUGAGAAAGAUUUGGGAGAUGAUGAUGAUGAUUAUUCAUUUAUUGAUGAACUUAUUGAUGAAGAAUUGAUCAUCAAAAUGCCUAGAACAUUUUAA